CGAAAUGGGCAUAACUUAGCAAAAUUCCAAAACGUAAAGCAAGAAUAAGAAAAGAUGUUCCCCUCUCUCUCUCUCUCUCUCUCUCUCUCUCUGAGCUAGAGGUUUGGUAAGACGGUUGUGGUGGAGAAGAAGAAAUGGCUAUCUCCAGAGUCACCACCACUUCCGACGCCGGAAAUCCCCUCCUCGACGACGACCUCGUCGACGGCGCCGUCGACUACAAGAAUUGUCCUGUCGUCCGAUCCAAGUCAGGCUGUUGGAGAUCCGCAUCUUUCAUCAUCGGUGUGGAAGUAGCAGAGAGGUUUGCGUAUUAUGGUAUAAGCUCCAAUCUCAUCACCUACCUGACUGGGCCUCUAGGCCAGUCAACGGCCACGGCGGCGGAGAACGUGAACGCUUGGUCCGGCGUGGCCUCUCUUUUGCCUCUUUUGGGAGCCUUCGUAGCCGAUUCAUUCCUCGGUCGAUACCGAACCAUUGUUGUUGCUUCCAUAGUCUACAUCCUGGGACUUGGACUGUUGACCCUAUCAGCCGUGCUUCCGCCUUUUAGCUCUGACUGCCAAAGUGCCACCAGUGUCAGUAUGUGUUCUCCUCCUCAGCUUCAAGUCAUCUUCUUCUUCUUCUCCUUAUAUCUAGUGGCAUUUGCACAAGGAGGGCACAAGCCUUGUGUUCAAGCUUUCGGAGCUGACCAGUUUGAUGCACAAGAUCCGCAAGAGUACAAAGCCAAAAGCUCAUUCUUCAACUGGUGGUACUUUUCUAUAUGUUUUGGUACUAUGAUAACACUCUUGAUUUUAACCUACAUCCAAGACAACCUUAAUUGGGGUCUUGGUUUUGGGAUCCCCUGUAUUGUCAUGGCCUUUGCACUGGUCAUAUUUCUGCUUGGAAGUACAACUUACCGGUUUAGCAUUAGAAGUGAUGAAAAAAGCCCAAUUGUAAGGAUUAGUAGAGUGUUUGUCAAAGCAGCUAGGAAUUGGCGAACCACCCCUUCAGCAAUUGCUAUUGAAGAGGAAGCUCAGGGAAUCCUUCCUCACCAGGGUUCUAACCAAUUCAAGUUUCUUAACAAGGCCUUGCUUGCACCAGAUGGUUCAAAGGAAGAUGGAAAAGUUUGUAGUAUCAAUGAGGUUGAAGAGGCAAAGGCAGUUCUGAGGUUGGUUCCAAUUUGGACUACCUGUUUGUUAUAUGCCGUUGUAUUUGCACAGUCCUCUACUCUUUUCACAAAGCAAGGAGUUACAAUGAACAGAUCGAUAGGUCCAAACUUUGAUGUACCAGCUGCUUCACUUCAAUCUUUUAUAAGCCUUUCCAUUGUUAUCUUCAUUCCCAUCUAUGACCGCAUUUUUGUUCCAAUUGCUAGAGCUAUAACAUGUAAACCCACGGGCAUAACAAUGCUUCAAAGAAUCGGAACUGGAAUACUCUUUUCGGUUAUUUCCAUGAUUAUUGCAGCUCUAGUUGAGAAAAAGAGACUCCAAACUGCUAUUGAGUAUGGACUCGUUGAUGAGCCAAAGGCAACAGUUCCAAUGAGUGUCUGGUGGUUGGUGCCUCAAUAUGUAUUGUUUGGGAUUGGCGAUGUGUUCACCAUGGUUGGACUGCAAGAGUUUUUCUAUGAUCAGGUGUCUAGUGAAUUGAAGAGUGUUGGUCUUGCUCUGUACCUCAGUAUUUUUGGGGUUGGGAGCUUUUUAAGCAGCUUCCUCAUCUCGGUUGUGGAGAAUAUUACAGGGAAAGAUGGCCAAGACAGUUGGUUCUCGGAUAACUUGAAUCGGGCACAUCUUGAUUACUUCUAUUGGGUACUUGCUGGACUUAGUGCAGUGGCAUUGGUGGCCUAUUUGUACUUCGCAAAAUCUUACAUUUAUAAUCGAGGAACCACUAUCUGAAAUUGGUCAAUGACAUCCAAUUGUCUCAACUAAGAUAAUUACUUAUGAACAGGAAGUGGAGUUUGUCUUGAGUUUUAUUUUGUUUUGUUGCGCUAUGUUUGGUUGGGGGAUUCGAGAAAGAAUUUGAGAAGGAAUUUGAAAAAAGACAAAAAAAUAUGUGAAAUUAAGUGAAAUAUAAGUAUAUUUUAUUUACAUUUCAAAUAUUUUUUUAUUUUUCUUUUCAAAUUUUCUAACCAAACACAACCUUAGUGUCCUAAGAAAAUUGUUGAAUUCGGAGUUGUUUGGUUCUUUUUAUUUUUAUGAAAUGAUAUACAAAAAAAUAAAUAAGUGAUAAAUAAGUGUAUCUAUUUAGGGAAUGGCAAACAAAUUCUUACUUUGAUGUCAAUGUAUAUAAGUUUUUUUGUGCA